UAGGAAGCUGGGGUCAAUUUGUAGGGUCUGCCAUGAUACAGUCCCCCCUGGAGCACAGAGGGUUAAGGGCCUUACUCAAGGGCCCAAGAGUUGCAGCUUGGCUAUAGUGGAGCUUGAAAUCAUUAAUACUGAAUAGCUGUAUUAGGCUAAGACCGCAGAUUGCAGAGUAAUGUUUUAUUUAGUUACAAAUAUUAUGAAAUAAAAAGUGAGGGAUAUCAUGGCAACAUUCAUUUCAAUAUAAUUCAGUUGGGUAUAAUGCAUCAUAGUAAUAUAUGAUAUAUGAAUGAUAUAAUAAACUUUUUCCUUCAUAGAAAAAAAGUUUGGGCCCCUCUGCACUAGACAUAACAUGCCAAGGCAACAAACCAGUAGAGACCCACUAGGACCAUUAGGGUUGCCAUUAAAACCAAUACAAUUCCCAUGAUAACCAUUAAAACCAUUACAAAUCCUAUAAGGUUUUGUACUCUUUAGACAUCUUUUUGAAGUUGAACAAACUUAAAAGUAAAAGAAAAAAAAGUUGUGUAGCUGCUUGAAUGAAAGUGAGAUUGUGGAAGGAGGAGAGAAGACAGCAUGAGGAGUUUCCAAACCCACCCCGACUCCAGUCCUGUAGUUUCUCCCUGCAUGAAGGAAACCUCAUCUAGAUAAACGCGCUGCCUAAAUCUAUUAGAGCAGGAUUUAAGGUAAAGAUGCGAUGCGGAUUAACGGGUUACUUAUAGUCGACGCCAUGGCGAGCGAGUGAGAUUUUUUAGCGAGGGGAAGUAAGUGGAGAGACGGGGGAAAGAGAAGGGCAUAAAGCCGCGACCAUGGCGUCGGCGCAAGGGCUCCUCCACAGCGUCUUCUCCUGCUCAUCCCCGGCUUCGAGGAGCAUCACGAAGCGGCGAUUGCGCCAGACCCGGAGUUUGGAUCCGGCUAUAAUCCGCGACUGCGACGCGGAAUCCGAUUUCACCCGGGCCGAGCUGGAGUGCUCCAUGCUGCCCGAGCGUGCGGGCGACGCGCCGGCCGCGUCCCAAAUCGACGCGCACUCCAAGCUGGGCGCCGCGGCGACCCUCCGGUGGACGCACCAGCUGCUGUCGCCGUCGCUCUCCACUCCCGCGACGCCUCUCGACACGUCGCCCUCGUCGAGCUUCCACUUCGACUACGACUUUAAAAGUGGAAAGAGGAACACGGCUUGGGAUUUGCCUUUCCUCGCCAGCUCGGGCAGCUCGGGCACCAUCUUCUCCCCUAGAAGGUGGCUUCAGAGGAAGGCGCAACACACCUCUGCUCACGAGUACGUCGUCUGGAGGUCUCAGGGGGAUUUUACGUGGAAUAGCCUGUCUGGAAGGAGUGUACGUCUCAAACCAGUGCCCAUACAGAGUUUGUCUGAGCUGGAGAGAGCCAGACUACAAGAGGUUGCCUACAGCCGCCUCCACCAGGACUAUGACCUGGGCUGCCAGAUCACCAUUCCUAAAGAUUGCCAGAAGCGGAAGAAGUCACUACGGAGGAAGCUGGACUCCUUAGCCAAGGAAAAGAACAAAGACAAAGAAAACGCACCACAGGCGUUUGGCAUUUCCUUAUCGCAGGUGAUCACCAAUGACCGAACCCAACGUCAGCGCCAAGAGGGUCAGCGGGAAGAGCAGAGAGACUCGAGUGACCUGGUGUCCUCCAUCCUGCAGUUUGCCACGCGACGACCCACCAAGGAGCUUUCCAGCAGCAACUCGUCACUCAGCUCCACCUCGGAGACGGCGAACGAGUCCACUUCCUCCAACACGCCCGAAGCAGCACCUCGAACUCGUAGGAGGGGCGGCAUGUCCGUGGACUCCAUCACGGAUUUGGACGACAACCAGUCGCGUCUGCUGGAGGCGCUGCAGCUUUCACUGCCGGCUGAAACAACCAGCAAGAAGGAGAAGCAACAGGACAAGAGGCUGAGCCUGAACCCUAUCUACAGGCAGGUGCCACGUGUGCUGGACAGCUGCUGCCAGCACCUUGAGAAGUAUGGUCUACAGACGGUGGGGAUCUUUAGAGUGGGCAGCUCGAAGAAAAGAGUGAGGCAGCUGCGAGAAGAGUUUGACCGAGGUGUGGACGUGCAGCUGGACGAGGAACACAGUGUCCAUGACGUGGCUGCGCUUCUGAAGGAAUUCCUCCGGGACAUGGCUGACCCACUGCUCACCAAAGAGCUCUACACAGCAUUCAUUAACACCACAUUGCUGGACCCAGAAGACCAGCAGUUAGUGACCCAGCUGCUUGUAUACCUGCUGCCUCCUUGUAACAGCGACACUCUGCAGCGUCUGCUGGAGUUUCUGUACAUCGUGGCUCAGCACGCUCAAAAUGGAUACGACAAAGAUGGACAGGAGGUUACAGGAAACAAGAUGACAUCAAUCAACUUGGCCACCAUCUUUGGGCCGAACUUGCUGCACAAGCAGAAAAGCUCGGAUAAAGAGUUCAGCGUGCAGAGCUCAGCCCGGGCUGAGGAGUCCACUGUGGUCAUCGCUGUGGUACAGAGGAUGAUCACCAACUAUGAGGAGCUUUUCAUGGUGUCUGCAGACUUGCAGAACGAGGUGCUGAUAAGCUUGCUGGAGACAGAUCCGGACGUGGUGGACUAUCUCUUACGACGCAAGGCCUCACAAAGUCCUGAUUUGUUAAACUCCGAGGCAUCACUCUCCUUGAGCGAGUGCAGAUCAUCCAGCGACUCCAACAAGGCGUCUAGUGGUGAAGUGUCUCCCUAUGACAACAACUCGCCGGUGCUGUCUGAGAGGAGAGGGGGAGACGUGCUGAAAGAGAGCGACGUCCAUUCUGGACGAGCCCUCAGCACAGAGCGUCUUUACUGUGUCCCUGAACAGUACAGUCUGGUGGGAAAAGUGACAGGACGCAGCAGGGACACUGUUUCAAAUCUCUGGCCCGCAUCAAAGGAGGAGCAUGCAAACAUCUGGGAUACAUGGCACACAACGCUGAAGCCAGAAUUGCAAGAAAAAUCCUAUACAGGCUCCUGUGGCAACAUAUCGGACGGGAGCUCUCGCAGCUCCAGGGAUGAAAUUGAUGAUCGGACUCCACCUGCAGUAAGCAGAGUGGAUUCCCCACAAACCAGCACAGUGACUCAUCCAUGCCUUAACCUGAACCUUAAACCCAAUGGGCAAGUGAAAUCUAGCAGUUCAGAGGACCUUAAAUUUGGCAGCAGCCACAGCAUAUCUAGCCCCACCCUUUACCCCAAACCAACCAAUAGGAAUGAGACACGCCCUCCUCCACCACCUUAUAGACAUUCAAGGUCAACACCUUCAGUAAUUUCAUCUAAUUCUGCCGUACUGCCGUCUCAGCAGCACAUCCAUCAGCUUGGGAAGUCUGGCAGCCAGAGUUCAUCCUCACCAGCAGGCACUCUGACGCCCUCGAGCUCAGAAUGGCAGGACUGGCAGAGGGACAGGUGGCACAUCUGGCAGCUGCUAUCUUCAGACAAUGCUGACACUCUACCUGAGACAUUAGUGUGAUUCCAAGGUUAAGCAAUUCAGUGUGUUUAAAAAAGAGAAGCCACUGCCAUGUGUGUGUUAUGUACAGACUGGUCUUGAGGCUGAGCUCCUCGUUUUACUCUAUUGUGGCAGUAGGUGGUGCCGAGUUGCACUGUAGAAACUAAAACAAUUUGAAGGGGAGAUUCCAGGCAGCAAAUAUAUACAGCUCACUAACUGACAGUGAUGUGGGACUUGUUCCAUUUCAUAAAAAAUGUACCGUCUCCCUGAUGUUUGCUGUUGGGAUUUGUCGCAGUGAUUCAGAGCCCCGUUCCUUCACUUCCUGUUUUUAGCUCCAUUCGGGAUGUCAUAUUAUGGACUCUAAAGCAGGUACCAUAAAUGCCUCAAAUGAACCUAAAGCUCAUUCAUUCAUUGACACUUUUAUAUGGACAAACUGAAAAUUACACUAUAUUCAAACGA